AUGAAGCAAGAACGAAACACCGGGAUCUGGAUGAUGGGGAAAAUUUGGGAUUGUACAAAACACAAAAAAGGAGUUGGGCUGUUUGACGAUUUCAUGUACAACCGACCCAGAGUUUUCCGCUUUGAGCCCUCGCGCUCGUGUAUAUUGUCGGGUCUUGGGCUCAAAGAUCUCCGCUCUACUUCACCCCUUUGUCUUGAAUCAUGUACUUUUAUAGAAGACGAUGGACAAUAG